GACCGCUCCUCUCUCGGUGGAGACAGUCAGUCGUUUCGAGACUGCCGAGUUGACCGGGUGUCGCCGAGAGACGUAGAGAAGGCCGCGUCGGUUCGUUCGCGCUGUGUGUCUCUUCCCCCCAACUGCCACUUCUCUUCUCUCUCAUUCUCUCUCUCUCUCUCUCUCUUCCCCUUUUUCCUUCUUUCUCUCUCUCGAUCUGUCCCCUCGUCCUUUCCUUUGUGAACCCACCCCAACGCGAUUACGGUACACCCGACGACCAGGGCCAUGGCGGGCACAGCGAUCCCAACGACUAUUUUCCUGCUGGCGGCGACACAAGCCGUCAUGUGCAACAUGGUCUCGACGGAGCCGAGGAACUUCUUCCCCGACGUCAAAGGCAAUCUCACGAAGAUCGUGUGGGCGCACGCUGUCAACAGCAAAGCGGAAUUGGAAGCGGUACUCUCGUCAGACGACAUCAUGAUGCUGGAGGCCGACGUCGUGAUGGGCAAGCUUAACGAAACCAACAACAGCAGCGUCACCGAGAUCCCGAUAAUGGCGCAUCCGCCGGCCGAAGAAAGCGACCUGUCGCUCGAAGAGUUCCUCAACUCCACCAUCCAGAGUAAUGGCACCAAGGGGAUCAAGCUGGACUUCAAGAGCAUCCAGGCGUUCAACAAGAGCAAACCGAUCCUCACGAAGUUCCGACCGAACUUAAAGUUCCCGGUUUUCAUCAACGCGGACAUCAUCCCCGGGCCGGUGAACGCCACUACUACUCCGGUCAACGCCAAUGAUUUCCUGAAGGGCGUUAUGGAAACCAUUCCGGAAUGCAUCCUCUCCGUCGGCUGGACGACCAGGUACGGGAAGAAGGACGGCGUCACCGAGGGUCGAUAUCUUCCGUCGCAGAUCAAGAUGAUGACCGACGCGCUGACGGAUAACCAGGUGAAACAGUCGGUAACUUAUCCUGUACGAGCCGGCCUCGCGGCGAACGAUAUCGAAGUCAUGAAGAAACUGCUGAACGGCACGACAACGUCCAGCAACGCGACGCUGACGAUCUGGUCGUCGGAGGGCGAUUUCGUCGACGUCGCGCAGCUCAAGAAGCUCAUGGCGGACGUGGGCGUGGAUAAGAUCUACCUGGACGUGCCGGAAGAUCUGAGGAAGCAAAUCAACCAUUCGGGCGCGCCCGCCGCUUUGGGCUCCGCGACGAUGCUGGUGACGAGCGUGGUGUUGGGCUUGAUACUGUCCACGCUGUGAACGUUCGCACACGGAUGUGUCGAAACGGACGUAGAGUCGCGGCGGGACUCGGGGAGAGGGGGAGUUCCGACCCCUCGAUCCUACGACUCUCGAUACAGGAAACGAAAGAGCGAACGACGAAGUCCGAUAACGAUCCGCACGGUCGUGAAUACAUCAUUCUAUCGCGCCAUCGCUCGAUCGGGCUCCUUCGCUUCCCGCUUCGUCGUCGACCUCGCGGACGUACGUCUUCGAGAUAUCCGAGAUCUCGUCGCAGCGAUUUCCACACAUAACGAUAUAUACGUUCUCCACCGCGAGUUUUUCUUCUGUCCCGAUCGAAAAAAGUGAGAGAAGGGGAACGAGAAAGAAAAAAAAUAAAACGCCCGCAUAUUCAGCCGACAACCCGAUUUGUACUUAAAUUGAUUAUCGAUUAUUGAGGGAAAACCUCGUUCUGCGACUUCAACGUUCUACUUUUCCGACAGAUCCGAAAGCCGGCCCGUGAUGUAUCGAGAGAACACUCGCGCACAGACAGACACGCGUUUUCCGCGGAAUCCGCAUAUCGGGAGUAACUUUAACACGUUAACGUAAGCAUCUAAAAGUCUCGAUCCGUACCGAUCGUUUUUAAUUGAUGUCGAGACGAUUUCUUAUUAUCGCAUUGUAUUCCGUAAAAGUGGGACGCAGAGCCCCCGAUCGCACGUGUUCGAAAAGUAACUGUUAACACUGAGAGGCGGGAACGGUCGCGCGUCUGAGAUACUGUUUACCCGCACUUUUGCCCGGCGCUUUUUUACGAAGGCGCGGCGAACACACGCGCGAUACGAGGAAAAACGCGUCUCUCGUGUGGACUUUGUAUCAAAUUGUAUUGCGCGCGCAUCGAGCUUGCCGUGCACACUCAUCACGAUUGAUGUCUCGUCUUAUGUGGCGAGUUCAGCCUGCGCACUAAGGCUCGUUUACAGUACACUUUUAUGUUUAAGAUCGUGUCUCAAAUACACAUUUAAAAGCUUGUCAGCUAAUUAAAUGACGCGUACGGAUACUGUGCAUAUCAUAUCAUAUCACUGGUCCGAAGUAUUCGAAAAUGUGUUCAAGAUGAUCUUUAAAUGUAAUGGCGGACUGUGAACGGGCCUUAGUGCGCGCUCGAGCAACCGAAUUCGCUAUCAACGUUCGCUACAACGCCGUACCCUGGCGCGUUCGACAUAUCUCCCCGGUCUAGACGCAGCAGAAAAUGGUAUUAGUCUCUAUGUAAGCUACGUAUCUAAGCCAAAGGAUUAUAUAAAAUGCAGUAUACGGUGCGAGUGCACUGCGUUUGAUAAUGAGUCAAUAAAAUGAUAAAAGGAAAAGUC